AGAGCGAUUCAGACACUAGACACCUGUCGCCCAAAACAAGCAACGCAGUCGCAGCAGCCAAGAGACGUCUAGCAGAGCGACAGAGAGAGAGAAUAUCAGACACUGAGCUUGGAUUAGCUUUUUGGAAACUGUUUCAUUUAGAUUCUACAAAUUGGGUACUAAUAUGAACUUCAAGAACUUUGGAAAUGAGCCGCCGGGAGAUGGCGGAUGUGGAAGGCAGCCAGGGAAUUAUCCUUUGGCACGACAGACGUCCAUCUAUUCACUGACUUUAGAUGAGCUUCAGAGCACCAUGCGAGGGAUGUCUAAAGAUUUUGGAUCUAUGAACAUGGAUGAAUUGUUGAAGAAUAUAUGGAGUGCUGAGGAGACUCAGACCGCGGGAUCUAGCAUUGGUGGACUAGAAGUGGUGGGUGUCUCGGGUGGCUAUUUGCAGAGGCAAGGAUCAUUAACGUUGCCAAGGACAUUGAGUCAGAAGACCGUUGAUGAGGUUUGGAGGGAUAUAUCUCAAGAGUAUGCUGGUGGUAAGGAUGUAAGUGGUGUUGGGGGGUCUAAUUUGCCACAGAGGCAGCAAACUUUGGGGGAGAUGACACUUGAGGAUUUCUUGGUAAGAGCCGGGGUUGUAAGGGAAGACGCUCAAUUAGCUGGAAAACCUAAUACCAAUGGAUUGUUUGGUGAUUUGUUGAGUUCGGCAAACAAUCCUUCUGGUUUAGGAUUUGAGUUUCAACAGGCGGGUAGGAAUACAGGGUUGAUGGGUAAUAGAGUGUCUGAGAAUAAUCAAUUUGCAGUUCAGUCUGCUGCUAAUUUACCAUUGAAUGCAAAUGGGGUUAGGUCAACACAGCAACAGCUGCUAACACCACAGCAGCAGCAGAAACAACACCAGCAGCAACAGCAGCCACUUUUUCCCAAGCAACCUAAUAUGACUUAUGGUGGUCCCUUGCCUAUAACAGGCAGCAAUCAGUUGGGUAGUCCAGGAAUUAGGGGUGGGAUUAUUGGGAUGGCGGAUCCAGCGUCAAAUGGUAAUUUGGUUCAUGGUGCUGCACUACAGGCUGGUGGGAUGGGAAUGGUUGGUUUAGGAGCUGGGGGUGUUACCAUUGCUACAGGAUCUCCAGCAGUUUCAUCAGAUGGGUUAGGGAAGAGUAAUGGAGAUACAUCUUCUGUGUCACCAGUUCCAUACAUGUUUAAUGGAGGUUUAAGGGGAAGGAAGUCUGGCACUGUGGAGAAAGUCGUUGAGAGAAGGCAGAGGAGAAUGAUAAAGAACAGAGAGUCAGCUGCAAGGUCUCGGGCCCGUAAGCAGGCUUAUACAAUGGAAUUGGAAGCAGAAGUUGCAAAACUGAAAGAGGAAAAUGAAGAGUUGCGGAAGAAGCAGGCAGAAAUUAUGGAACUGCAGAAGAAUCAGGUACUCGAAUUUUCCUUCUGGAAUUGUUAAGAAUUUAUUUGCACUAUAGAUAUAACCAUUUUAGUACCUUGCUAAGCAGCUGUGAAUGCUUUCCAUGGCUAGUCAACAAACACAUCUAGUUUUUACAUAGUAUCCUGCUCCUUAUUCUUCUUCAUUUUUGCUUUCAGCUCGAUUAAUUUUCCACAAUUGAAAGUAUAUUUUUCAGACUUAAAGCAAAUGGAAUACUAUACUAUGUAUUCAUUUUUUCAUUAUUUCUUUCUUUCUUUCUGUCCGAGGAACAAAAAACAUUGCUGAUGGCAAGCAGCCACUGUCUGGUGCACACACUGCUACUUGUUCCUUUUUUCUUCUAAUGCAUGCCCAUAAGUAUUAUUCAUGUUUCUUUGGAUAUUGAAGGACGCUACUAUAGAGUAAUAUAACAAUAUUGUUACAUGCUCCCCUAUCAAUUCACAAAAUUCUUGAGCCUUGCAAGAUUUCAUAUUAGUGGGUUGCUUGCCUGAGUCUCAAUUCAGAUAUGAACUUCGAUGUCAAUCUGAAAGAUUAAUUUAUGUAGUAAAGGGAUGGGAUUAUUUUCUGAAGAGGCUUGUUGGGUUAAUUUUUUGUGUUGCAUACUUGCAUUUGGUGAUGUUAGGUUCUGGAGAUGAUGAACCUGCAGCGGGGAGUUAAGAGGCGGUGCUUGAGACGAACACAGACUGGUCCAUGGUGAAUGGCGUUGUCGUUGUACCUUGAUGGUUUGUAUUUAAUUACCUGGAUGUAGGUUGCGCUGUAUAUAUUAAAAGAAAAACCUGUUUGUGUAGAUCGAAAAGAUGAUAGUUGUAUUUUGCUGUAGAUUAGUUAUUACAGUUUCUCUGAACUUGGGAAUUCUUUUGCGCGUAGGUAGGACGGAAGGCAAAACAUAAGAUGGAUGACAUAUAAUUAUGUGCUUGUGAAAAAAACACAUCCAUAAUCUUGUGUUGCCGUAUUCGGCUUGUGAUGUAAAAGGAAAAAAAAAUAAUGAGAACUAAACAAUAUGGAA